AAUUAAUAAUAUAACUUCAAAAUGAACUCGUUUAACAAUUUAAGUUGUAAAAUAUUCUUGCCACUGCUCAUUUGUGCAUGUAUCAAUUUAAGACCUGUGGUUGGAUUAUCGUUAAUUUAUUUAACAUUUUUCUUCGUAUCACCUUAUGUUUCACUUAAAGAAAGUCAAGCAGUCAUUAAAAUUGUGUAUUUAAGUAGCUUAAUUGCUUGUUCAACACUCGCUUUUGUCACUCAACUGAUCUUUCAAAUAAAGAGUGUGUGUGAUUAUCUAGAUCUUCCUAAAAUCAUAAGCCUCAAUGUUCUUGGAGUCAUUGACUUUAAUAAAUCAAGCACAUGGGACAUUUAUUUAACGGUUGUACCUGAUCUCGUUAUUUCUUUGGGUUCAUCUAUAGUUCUUGGAAUCAGCAUACAAAUAGCAAAGGAAAGAAAUCUAAAAAAUGAGAAUUUGGAUAAUGUGAAAGUGCAAGAGAGAGCCACAGAUGUUACAUCCACGAAUUAUGGUUUAAUAAAUCGAAUUUUGUCAUUGAUUAGUAUAAUGACAACGUGUUUGUCCGGAGCGGUUUGUGUCUCGGCUAUUAAUAUGAUUUAUUUUGUCACAUUCUUAAUAUCAAUCAUGCAUUUGGCUUCAAAUUGUGGACUAGGCAAGAAAUUCUCAAUAAUAUUAAGGAUGAUAUCGUGGAUGUUAAUGCUGCAAAUAGUUUCCAUAAUUCUAUAUCAAAUUGAUUACUUCCAAAGUGUCUUGCCAAGUCAAAGUAUUGUUGCUCGUCUUCUAGGACUUUAUGAAAUAUUUAAAGCCACUAAUCAUGGGAUAUAUUUCAAUAAACAACUGAACUGGGACUUUCUAUUACAUCCAAUGGUUCUAAUGGUAUCCUAUUUGAUCAUAGCAAAUAUAUCGAGAAUGAUAAUGAUAAUAAAGGUUGAAAAGCUACAGAUGAGAUACAGUGCUGAAAGGAAAUUAUCAUCAAUUGCAAAACUUCCAACACUUUUUCAAACCUUUAUAUUCCGUCAAGCUUACAUCAUUGCCAUAUUAAGCAUGGUAAUUUGGAGUAUAUCGUAUCAUUCCUGGCUUGGAUUUGUGUUCCUUAUUAUUUCAAACGUUACUUUUGUCUUAUCAAAUCAACGAUCCAAAUUAAUUAAGAUGUCCACAUUAAUUUCAAUGUAUGCAUGCUUAUUGAUUAUGCUUAAUUAUCUUUAUGGAUUGAAUGUUACUGGUGCUGAACUUCCUUACAAUAUUGAAGGUGCUAAUAUUCAGCAAAUUGGAAUAAUCAAGUAUAAGGAUUAUCCAGGAAUUCAUUUGAUCUUUAAAUCAAUUUUGGCGAUACCUUUUUGGAUUAUUAUGAGACAGAAAUAUGAUCCAAUAACUUCAAAUAUUUAUCUGACUACUGAUGUCAAGGAGAACAAGCUAACAACUUUGAUUUUAAAUCCACUUGGUAGAAUUAUGUCAUAUAGUUUAAUGUGGAUCAUCAUGCUUUUGCUAUUGAUUUUUUCUGUAUAUGAAAAAAAUCAAAUGUCUGUAUUUAGAAUAACUAAUAUGAUUCUGCUUUUUGUAUUUGUGCUGAUUUUUCAAAUAUCGAUUACUUUAUGGAAAAAAAUCAUGUACACUUACUGGAUCGUGUUGAUCUUCUUCACAAAAUCUAUUUUGAUUGUUACGUACAUCUAUCAAUUUGAUGGAUUUUCGGAACUGCCAUUUUAUAGUGCUAUUGGACUGCAGAAGUACGUGACAUCGGAGCUGUUUAUCAAAUUAAUUUCAUUGAGUACGAUAACAACUUUGAGUGGAAUUCAAGUCAACUAUUUGCAUGCUAAAUUUUUGAAGUAUUUUGAAAGCUGUGGAAAUUCAAAGAAAAUUGAAGACCAUGAGUAUAAAAAGGAUCACUUAAUUACUAAAAUGAAAGAACUGAUUGAAAGCUUCUUGCUGUUCCUUGAAAUUCAUUUCAUCAAGUUUUUAUAUUUUGGGAUAUUUUUUGCAGCAUGUGGUCGUAUUCAAAUUGUCAACGUCUCAAUUAUGAUGAUAUUAAGUAUUGGAGCCAUGUUUAGAGCUGAGAAAUUGAGGAAAUUAUUUUUGAUUGCAAUUUCAUUCAUGUCGAUGCUUUUUGUUGUCGGAAUUAUGCUUUAUGAAUUAGCUUCAUACUUUUUUCCUGAUAAGAUUGAACAGAAAGAUCAAUGCAUAAUUGAUAACAACCAAGAAGUUCUAUUUGUACUGAAAAACUUUACGGAAUGGUUUAAUGUAGAUCCACAGAAUUCAUUUUACCAGAAAAUAAGCUUUUAUUUUGGAAUCAUCGUUAUUUUGACUAUUUAUUGUGGCUUAAAAUUCAGACAAGAAUGCAAUCGAAAGAAAUUGUCACUGCCAAUAGAAACACCUUGUACAAUAUUUGGUUCCGAAAAAGUUGACAUCACAUAUUUUAUUAAAUUUUUAAUCGAUUAUGGAUAUCAAAACUUUGGAGUGGAACUGACUUUAUUUGGAUUUUUAAUCCUUAUGUUUUCAAGACUGGACUUUAUUUCAGUGUUUUAUGCACCAUUCUUUGUUAUUUUAACAUUCCUAAAACAGCGACAACUCAAAGUAUUUUGGAUAAUUACGACAGGCUUUGUGGCAUCUUCAGUCUUCCUUCAAUCUUUGAUUAUUGGAUUCUUCGUGAUGUUUAAAAAAUGUCACGCAUUUCAAUCAAGAAUGGAAAGAACAAUCUCACCAACUUCUAAAAUAUUGGGAAACCUGCAUGAGAAUCCAUGGAUAUUGAGUUAUGACUUUGCAUUACUGGUUAUUCUUGGAUGUCAACAUUUUCCAACUCCAAGCAAUUUCAAAAUGUCUAGUAUAUUCGAGCAUGAAGGAACACCUCUAUUCAAUAAUGUAAAAGAACUUCUGAAGAAAAUUGUGUUUAAGUGCCAUUUAUGGAUGAUGCUAACUUUAAUGUUUUUUAUUGGAACUAUACAUGCUCGAGUUUUUGCGUUGGGAUAUAUUACUGCAUCCUUUAUAUUCUUCUGGCAAGGAGCUGAUUUUUAUUCAAAACCUCUUAAAACUAUCAAGAAAUGGUGGAAUAUUCUAUUAAUUUACAAUGUCUGCGUGAUGUUGAUUCGAUACAGCAUAAAAGUCUUUGGAUGUCUAUUUAGAAAUGAAAUUCCGAUAAAUGUAUGCUGGAUUUUGAAGCUUCUUGACUUUCCUUGCUUUAUGACUGGCGAUGGAGAAUCUUUUUGUGGUGAUAUUUUUAAUCAAACAUUUUAUAUCACGGACGUUGCUUUAUUCUUCUUUAUUAUAUUCCAAAAACGAAUAUUUUUGAGUUCUUACUUCUUUGAUACUGUCUAUGACACAUACAUUACUAAUUUAUUGGCUGCACGAGGUGCUCAAAUUAUGGAAGAAAUCCGAAUUCAAGAAAUCACAACAGCAAUUGAUGAAGAGAACAAAAAUUUGGAUAUAAUUAAGAAAAAAAUGGAAAAAAUCACACAAUUAGCUACUGAAAAAAAUAUUCGAGAUGGAAAUAUCAAGAGUCAUGACAUUGCGGUCAGGAAUGGCGAUUAUUACAUGUUUGAGGAAGAUUUUCUUGAAGAAAUCGAAUUUACAGACAGAGAAAUCCCUCAAAAGUCAUUAAUGCUUUAUUUUGAGAAUGGUGAGAAUUCAAAGAAAGUGAGCAUCGAAACUGAAAGUACGACUGAAAAGUCUAAAGAAGUUGUAGAGAAUUUUCUUAAUAAAUCAAAAAACUUAACUUCAAAGUUAACAAAAUAUGUACUAAGCAUAUCUUACAAGUUACACAAACUCUCGAGAAAGCACACAUUAAUAAUUAAAGCUUUAGAUGAAGAAAGAAAGUUUUUAAAGGAGACGUUGGCUUCGAAAUCUGCACAUGACAUGAUCUAUACUCAUCUUAGCAAUGCUGCUGAAAGAUCGAGACACACUUAUGUGCUGAAGAAAAUUGAUGAAAAAUUUUGGAAAAACUCAAAUGUCAAGCUUUAUGAAGUUGUAAAGCCAGAAGAUGUGACUGUGAAGGAAUCUUUGUGCGAGAUUUUAUACAUAACACUCACACACACAGACUUGUUGAUUUAUAUGGUCAUUUUGAUUAAUCAGUGCUUUUAUGCCAACAUUCUGUCAAUAUGCUUGCCACUUUUAAUAUUUUUCUGGGCAACUUUAACAUUCCCACGUCCAAAGAAAACAUUUUGGAUUAUUUUAAUAGCUUAUACACAGUCAAUAAUUUUAUUAAAAUGUGUCUCACAAUUCAAUAUCAUUUGGUGGAACAAGAAUCAUCAUUUCGUGCAAAUGCUGGGAAUUGACAAUCGAAAUCAUUUUGUCUUUUACGAUUUAUUAUUACUGCUUGCACUAUUCAUCCAUCGAAGUGUUCAGAAAAUGUUUGGAAUCUGGAAUACUGAAGAAAAUGAAUUUUUGUCAGGAUCUUAUGAACUUGAUAAGAAGAAUAUUAAAACAAAUAAUUUAAUUAAGCUUAUACAAAAUAACAAGAUGGAAGUAAUGAGCGAUAAGAUUAAGAAUGAAGUUGAUGGAAGUACAAAUAAGCUGUUGGAUGAGUCUAGUUCCAAAAUAGUCAUGAAGAUUGAGGUUCAAGAUGCUCAACAGACUCAAGAAAGUGUUUUGAAGGAAGUGAUAAAGAGCAAGAAAGAAUUGUUGAAAGCAAAUGAAGCAAUUUUCAAUGAUAAUUUAGGAAAGUUGUCAAUUAUGAUAAAUCAAGGAGAUUCUACUAUCAAGAUCUAUCCAAUUGACCAAACAGACAUGACUAAAACAUAUAAAAUUAACGAAUUAGUGAUGGUUGAACAUGAACUUGAAGAUCCAAUCGAUUUCUAUGCAUCCGUAAUUCGCCUGUCAUUUGAGCAGUACUUUUCGUUGCUGAUUAAUUUUAUAAAAUUUUUGGUACCAAAACAUCACAUCCCACGGAAAUCUGUUGACGUCUACACGUUUUGUUUUCUAUGCGACUUUAUGAACUUCUUUGUGCUCCUUUUUGGUUUUAGUAAAUUUGCGAUUCAAUCAACAGACGACUCAAAGAGCAUACUAAAUUACUUUGAAGAAAACAAAGUUCCAACGUCUUUACUCUUCUUAAUCAUAAUGCAAUUUAUUGUAAUAAUAAUUGACAGAAUGCUAUAUUUACGUAAAAAUAUGAUUGGAAAAGUCAUUUUUCACUACAUCACGAUCAUCACCAUUCAUAGCUGGAUGUUUUUCAUUUUGCCUGUCAAAACAAAUCGAGCAUUUAAUGCAACAUCUCCGCCCAUACUGUUUUAUAUUAUAAAAUUUAUUUAUUUUCUACUGGCUGCGUAUCAAAUUCGUUGUGGAUAUCCGGCGAGAGUUUUGGGGAAUUUCCUAAUGCGACAAUUUAAUUUAUUGCAUUUAAUUGGAUUUAAAAUAUUUAUGGCAAUUCCAUUUCUAUUUGAACUAAGAACAUUGAUUGACUGGACAUUCAUAUCAACAUCAUUAAGCUUUGCUGAAUGGAUGAAAGUAGAGACAAUUUUUGCACAAGUAUUCCAAGUAAAAUGCAAUCGAGAAUUAGCAAAGAAUGCAAAACGUGGCGAAAAGAAAUCGUUGAAAUUAAAAAUUAUAUUAGGUGGUGGACUGACUUUAUUAAUAAUCGCUAUAAUUUGGUUUCCUUUACUGUUAUUCGCAUACAGUCCCUCACUUGGACAAAGUAAUGUUCCUAGGAGUGUUAAGGUUACAUUAAGGAUUGGAAAAUAUGAGCCAAUUUAUAAAAUUGACGUCCGAGCUGAACAAAUUAUUAAAUUUAAUAAGUCUGACUGGAAUAAAUUGACGAGAUUAUAUGAGAAGAAUCAACAAGCCAUUACAUUUUUAAAUGAUUUUGAUGAAGAUGACAUUAUGCUGGUUCAAAUGAGUGUCAGUGCUUCUGGAUUGUGGCAUAUAUCACCACCAAGUUUAAGGAGCAUGAUUGAUGAUUUGAAACAUGAAAAAUCUAUUGAUAUAACGGCUAGAUAUGAAAUUAAUGAUCUCGGAUAUUUAAAGGAUAAAGAAGCUUUUCAGAAAUUUCAUUAUACAAUAUCAAGCAAGACACAACGCAAACUUUUAAUUAACAUACUUCAAGGAAAUUCCACAAAUUCUGUGGUCAUUCCAAAGCUUUUACCUAAAUUUAUACACGUCAGCAGUACUGGAAAAGCUUCUAUAGUAGAGAAACUUGCAAUUAAAUCAAAUCAAAAUCGAGGAAGCAUGCGAGAUAUUGAGAUUAACAUGCAAACUGACGAAAUGGGAUUUAGUUGGUGGAAAGUUAAAGAAAAUUGCACCGAUGAUGAUUGCAAGGACUUAUUUUGGCAUGUUCCACAUCAUGACUGUGAUAAUCAUUUGAAUAUUUAUAUGUUUACUGACAAAUUAUUUCCAUCGGAAAUCAGUAGCUGGGCAGCUAAAGGAAUACUCGGUUUCUACAUCACUGUCGUCUUAGUUUGCUCAAGAAUCUUACGAUCAGCACUAAUGAAUUCAGGAACGGUGAAUAUGAUUGUUGAAGAACUUCCAAGUCCUGAUAAAAUACUAAAUUUAUGUAGAAAUAUUUAUAUGGUACGAGAAGCUAAGCAAUAUUCAUUAGAAGAAGAUCUAGUCGCUAAAUUAUUUUUCCUAUAUCGUUCACCUGAAACUCUUAUCAAAUGGACAAAAUAUAAAGAAUCUUAAGUUGAAUAAUAAAAUAUUUAUAAAUUAUUCCUGUUAAUUUGCAGUUCACAUAGUCUAAUUUAUUUUUAAUACAAAGAUAAUAAUUUUAAAGUCAGCCAAAAUGGAUAAUAAAGAGAGUGUCGUUUUUUUUUUGUUGUAAAAGUCACCAAAAUGAACAAGUUAUCAGCCAUUCACCGUUCAAAAUGAUGAGGUGGUUUAGUUCUUGAGAUCAUUAAUUAUUUUUGUUUAAUUUAUCGUCCGAAUCUCAUGUGACCAUAGUCAUCAAACCCGUCCUCACCAACUCCACGCUUUCCAAAUCUAUAAUAUUUAACAUUUUAACUAAGGUACAAGAUCCAGUGGACUCAAAACUCACCUCAUAUGUCCAUAAUCAUCAAAUCUCUUCUCCAUAUCGUUUAUCACAUCGUCAAAUUCCACGUCAUUUUGAAAGUCUUUCUUAUAGAAAUUUACAGGUUUAAGUCUUCGUGCUGGAUAUGCUCUCAUCUGCCAUGGUCGUUUCUGUAAUUCAUUGGGUGCAGGUGCUGUCUGUUCUGAGGAUGAUGACAACUUUGCAUGAGCUCCACUAAUCAAAAAUGAGUAAGCCAACAAAAAUGUGAAGGAUGUGAUGACUGUUAAACUUAAAUAUCCCAUUUUAUUUAAUUCUUCUGUCUGAGUUAUCCUUUACUGUUCUAUUUCACUUGCUUGCUCUUAUCAGACUGACUUGAUGUAUGGUGAUGCACUGCGUUUUAUAUAUUUUUCACUUGUAUUGAUUGUGAUGUCAUGACUGAAUCUGCCUUUUUUUUAAUAUUCAUAGUGCAUUAUUGGAUGUUAUUGGAGGAAGGAGCAAACAGAUGUCAAAAUUGAUUACUUAUUUACUUGAUCUCGCGCGAUUUUUCUUCGUCGGAAUUUACUCGUUGUUGUUUCCGAUUUGUGUGCAAAUUAUAGAUGUAUGGAUUAAAAAUAAGCUUAAGGAUUAAGGAUUCUAUAAAAAAUUAAAAUUGUAG